CUAAUUUAGCUGUCUAUAAUCCCCGCCAAGGUCCGGCCCAGGCACCCCUAACUGCCGAGAAGGGGAACAGGGCGAUGACCUGUCUACUUUAGUCUGAAUGGGGUCGCUGAGAGUGGUUUUAAUGAAGCACUCCGCUGAUGUGCCUGCCCUUCCAACACGGAGGUCGCAGCAACCCCAGUAGGCCAUAGCAGCCCCUGCCCCGCCCCGGAGAGCACUGCGCACGCGCGGAGAGAGGUUGGGGGCCGCCCCGCCCCGCGGGGUUUGGCCUCCCCCCCUGGGCACGCGCCGCCGCGUCACCCCGCCGGGUCCCCGCCCCCGCGGCGCCGAGCGGGUCAGGGCUGCGCGCGCAAGGGCCGUGCGGGCGCUGGCGGAAGGGGAAGCGGAGGGGUAGGAGAAGAUUAUGGGCAAUAGAAACUUUGGUUAAUCUGUGAUCAUCAUGGCUGAUGAAACCUGUUCCAAGGCUGUUGAUAGUCCAUUUUCAUCAGAUAAACAUGCCCAACUCAUCUUGGCCCAGAUAAAUAAAAUGAGAAAUGGGCAGCAUUUCUGUGAUGUGCAGCUGCAAGUCGGGAAGGAAACUUUUAAUGUUCAUCGGCUGGUCUUGGCUGCCAGUAGUCCAUACUUUGCAGCUUUGUUUACUGGAGGAAUGAAAGAAUCCUCAAAAGAUGUUGUACAGAUUCUAGGAAUUGAAGCUGGGAUCUUUCAGUUACUUCUAGAUUUCAUUUACACAGGUAUAGUGAAUAUAGGUGUGAAUAAUGUUCAGGAGUUGAUUGUUGCAGCGGACAUGCUACAGUUGACUGAAGUUGUUAAUCUUUGUUGCGAAUUUCUGAAAAGACAAAUUGACCCGCUGAACUGCAUUGGGAUCUUUCAGUUCUCUGAACAGAUUGCUUGCCAUGAUCUUUUGGAAUUCACAGAAAACUACAUUCACGUCCAUUUCUUGGAAGUUCACAGUGGGGAAGAGUUCCUGGCACUCACAAAAGAUCAGCUGAUCAGAAUUUUACGAAGUGAAGAGCUUAGCAUUGAGGAUGAAUACCAGGUCUUCCUAGCUGCCAUGCAGUGGAUUCUGAAAGAUCUGGGAAAGAGAAGAAAACAUGUGGUGGAAGUGCUUGACCCAAUUCGAUUCCCUUUAUUACCUCCUCAGAGGCUUUUAAAAUAUAUAGAAGGUGGAUAUACACGGUUGCAGGGGGGUCGCUGGAAUGACAGCAGAGCCCUCAGCUGUGUAGAACGUUUUGAUACCUUUAGUCAGUACUGGACCACUGUGUCUUCACUUCAUCAGGCUCGAUGUGGACUGGGCGUAGCAGUUCUGGGAGGGAUGGUCUAUGCUAUUGGAGGUGAAAAGGAUUCAAUGAUUUUUGACUGUACUGAAUGCUAUGAUCCAGUUACUAAACAGUGGACAACUGUAGCUUCAAUGAAUCAUCCCCGCUGUGGCUUGGGAGUGUGUGUGUGUUAUGGGGCUAUCUAUGCUUUGGGUGGAUGGAUUGGAGCUGAGAUAGGAAACACAAUUGAACGAUUUGAUCCUGAUGAAAAUAAAUGGGAAGUAGUUGGCAACAUGGCUGUGUCGCGCUACUACUUUGGGUGCUGUGAAAUGCAAGGUUUAAUUUAUGUAAUUGGGGGAAUCAGCAAUGAAGGAAUAGAGCUUCGUUCCUUUGAAGUUUAUGAUCCACUUUCUAAGCGUUGGUCUCCACUUCCUCCAAUGGGAACCAGGAGGGCGUAUCUUGGUGUGGCUGCACUCAAUGACUGCAUCUAUGCUAUUGGAGGAUGGAAUGAGACACAAGAUGCUCUUCAUACUGUAGAAAAAUAUUCCUUUGAAGAGGAAAAGUGGGUUGAAGUUGCCUCAAUGAAAAUACCUCGAGCAGGCAUGUGUGUUGUGGCAGUCAAUGGUCUUCUCUAUGUUGCUGGAGGCCGAUCUUCUAGCCAUGAUUUCUUGGCCCCAGGUACUUUGGACUCAGUGGAAGUUUAUAACCCUCAUUCAGACACAUGGACAGAAAUUGGUAACAUGAUCACUAGCCGUUGUGAAGGGGGUGUUGCUGUACUGUGAAAUACAAACUGUAAGAGCACAAGGAACAUUUUGUAAA